AGCGGAAAUGUCAGGCGGGCUCCUCUGGGUCCUACGACCUGCCUGGCCCUGGGAGCUCGUUUGGGGGUGCAGGGAAGCCGGGGGUGGGCGUGGGUGGCUGCACGCCCCGAGGAGAGCCUGGAGUCUUCGCCUCUACUUUUUCUCUUCGACUUCUGUCCUGAAGAGCGUCCCAGACUGGAUUCUGGGUUCAAACUGGGGCCAUCCUCUGGCCCAGAUUCUGGCCCAGGCCCAAGGAGUGGUAGAUGUAGCCUAGCAGGGAGCUAAAUAUCAGAAACAGGGAGGGUCACCCUGCUGUCUUCAUCUGAGAAGCCCAGAUCCCCACCCAGGGAAUGAGCAAGCCGCUGCCACUGCAGGAGUGAAAGGAUAGCCAGCACUGGGAAAUGGGGGCUAGGAGGGGGGACAGCAAUGGUUCAGGGAGGGACAGAAGUUCCGUGACAGAAACUCAGUGAGGGCAUGGGGGUGGAGAAUGAAGGGAGUUAACCCUGUGGCUAGAAGAGUACCUGCCCUGCACCCACCCCCUAAGCUUACGUUUUCCUGGAAAGAGACCCAGGCCUUGAAUUUCCACGGGAGUAAGGUGGAACUCUAGCUCACUGGUCAGGACAUCCCAGUUGCUGUGUGGAGCCAGUGUGUUGGGGACAGGAAGCAGGUUGGGCUGUUUGGUGGAGAAGAUGCUUCCACUGUCCCUCCACUCCCCUCUUCUUCUCUGUCUGCACCAGACCAUUGAUAAGCCAGUGCAGGAAAAUGGUGUUUUACUCUUGGUCAUGAGCUGAGCCCCACCUCGUCUCAGUUCCCAAUUCUGGUUGCAACUUGCUGUGUGAACACAGGCUCCUCAAGUCCUACUUUUAGGCCUCAGUUUCCUCAUCUUGGCCUCAGUUUCCCCAUGUGUACAAGUGAGUUGGGCCAGUUGAUCUGUCAGGGCUAUUUUAACUCUUAAGAUUCUAGUCUAAGCUUUCCUUCAAGCCUGAACACUGACUUUGUGCCAGGCCUUUUCCUAAGCUGGGGCUGGGUUGGGGAUGGAGUGGAGACUGCAAUGACCAAAAGCAGCCUCUACCCGAGGAGAAGGAGAUCUGAGUUCAGGAGAGGAGGCUGUGGGAGGAGGUAGCAGCCAGUCUGAGGAUGUGUGGUCAGGCAGGUGGAGGUAUAAGAAAACAUGCAGAGGCAAGAGAGUGGGGGCGUGUUCGGGAAUCGGGAAGAAGCCCAGGGUGGUUGUUGUGGGGAGGUGCGAAGUGGGGCAGGAAAGGUAGGACAAGGUGCUGAAUGCUAAGGUGGGGGCCUAUUUCUAACUGUCAUAAAGGGGGUCAUACAAUGUGGGGAGCCCAGGAGCCCCGCCUCAUUGCAGUAUGAGGGAUUUGGGAGGCACUUGCCCCAAGCAGAGUUUAAAAGGGAGAUGGCAAGUGAAGUGCAGAAAUCUCCUCGUUGCUCUGGAAACUAGGGUCCCACCCUGGGGACUUCUUUGGGUGAGAAGUUGAAGAGUCAGGAUGGAUGAGAUGACCUUUCACAUCUUGUGAGUUUUUUUCAAGAGAACAAGUUCCUGCUGAAUGGCCCGUUUCUACUCUCCAAGCUGCUCCCAUUGUACCAGACUGCCCCAUCCUGGCCUGCCUUUGUGGGUUCAAGGAAGGACCUUUGUCUCAAACAUCUCCCCAGCUAGUUUGACUUCUUGCCAGAAUACCCCUCCCGCAAUAUGUGCCAUCCCUUUGCUUUUACCCAAUUGUCACCUGGUUCCCACCCUCCCUUCCCCAAUCCUGCCGCAGGGUUACUAGAGAUGUGAGAAAGGACAGUGCUCCAGCAUCAGUCAGAGGUCAAGCCCAGGUUUUGUCUGGCUGUAAGCAAGUCUCAGAGUAGGUCUAAAGGCUAGAGUCAGGGCUCACACUUGCCAGAGUCUAGGUCAGAGGUCAGCCUGGAAAAAGAAGGCAAUUCUUAGCUUAUACUCAGCCUUAGUGCUCAGUCUAGGGGCAGGGUCAGUGCUUAGUUUGUGGCUAAAUUCUAGUUUUGGUAGGUACAUGGGUCUGCAUUUCCCAGUAGCUCACACAGUCACAGGUGAGAUGAGAUGACUCAGGUCUUAGAAACCUAGCUAUAGCAGAGUGACCCAGGACCUGGAUGGGCCAAAUCCAUGGUGAUACAGGGGUCACCCAGUAAGCCAGUGGUAGAGCUGCGACUAGAACCCAGGACUCCUGCCUCUGAGCCUAGGGCCCUGAUCACUGUCUCCCAAAGUCUAUUCUGAAUCUGGGAUCCUUAAAUUCUAGGAGGCAAAGCAAAUUUGCCUGAGCUCUACCUGGGCCCGCCUGGAUGAAUCUGACUAUACUCUUCUACUUCCCAGUGCCAGGCACAUAGUAGUUGCUCUAGGAAUGUCUACUGAGUGUCAGGUGCAAGGGGAGGGGCCAGUGGCUUGUUCAGAUUUGGGGCCGGAGGAGGCUGGCUUCGGGGGAAGGAUCUCCAGCUGUUGUCAGAGGAAGCGAUGCCCUCAUUGAUCUGCCGCCCUCCCCCUCCUCCAGUGUUUGCAGCCACACUCAGAAGCCGCCCAGCUGGCAGCGGGAGGGCGCUUUCCUCUUUCGGGGUGAAAAAAAAGGAAAGGACAUUUUUGGUAGAAAAGUUCCCUGCUGCUCCCUGGGAAUCCCCGGUGGCCGGAUGGACUAGAUGGACUACGGGAUAUCCCAGAGGAAGCCGAAAGCCAUCCCCCACCCCCCUCCACCCUGCCCCCAGCACAAUGCUGUGAGGCUCUCCCACGCUGCACCAGCUGGCCAAGGAGGCUCCUAGAGGUCAUCUCGUCCAAGCCCCUGUCUGCUGGUGGGCCUGCAGGGAGCCUCUGCUACCUCUUUCGUGACUAACAGCAAGUCUGAGGGGCACCUGUUUAGAGCCCAGGCCCAGCUCUGCAAUGAAAGCAAAAAAGAAACAAGAUGGGAGGGCUGUGGGGCUUAGCAAGGGGGACUAAUGUAGCUUGGAAAGAGGGCGGGGCACUGGACCUAGGGGUUGAGGAUUUCGAUUCCCAGGCAGGGGAUGCAGAGGUUGAGCAAAGUCUGAGAGGUGACAGGGAAAUGAUGAAUUGGGAAGUCAGACUCCAGAUGAUAAGGCCCUGACUGCCAGCUCUCCCAUGCCCUUGUCCCUGGCAGGGUAUCCUCAGGUCUGAGCCCCUGGACAGCAGCCCCAGGCCCAGCUGGCCAUGGCCCUGUGCCUGAAGCAGGUGUUCGCCAAGGACAAGACGUUCCGGCCGCGGAAGCGCUUUGAGCCGGGCACACAGCGCUUUGAGCUGUACAAGAAGGCACAGGCCUCUCUCAAGUCGGGCCUGGACCUACGCAGUGUGGUGAGGCUGCCACCCGGGGAGAACAUCGACGACUGGAUCGCUGUGCACGUGGUGGACUUCUUCAACCGCAUCAACCUCAUCUACGGCACUAUGGCCGAGCGCUGCAGUGAGACCAGCUGCCCGGUCAUGGCCGGUGGGCCCCGCUACGAGUACCGCUGGCAAGAUGAGCGCCAGUACCGGCGGCCGGCCAAGCUCUCUGCGCCACGCUAUAUGGCAUUGCUCAUGGACUGGAUCGAAGGCCUCAUCAACGACGAAGACGUCUUUCCCACGCGUGUUGGAGUUCCCUUCCCUAAGAACUUCCAGCAGGUCUGCACCAAGAUCCUGACCCGCCUCUUCCGAGUCUUUGUCCAUGUCUACAUCCACCACUUCGAUAGCAUCCUCAGCAUGGGGGCAGAGGCACACGUCAACACCUGCUACAAGCACUUCUACUACUUCAUCCGCGAGUUCAGUCUGGUGGACCAGCGGGAGCUGGAGCCACUGAGGGAGAUGACAGAGCGGAUCUGCCACUGAGCCCAGGUCUGGACUUUUUUGGCCAUCAGAUGGACAAUCUGAACACAGGAUGGCUGGCAGAGGGGACCCCCAGGAGCCUGAAGGAAUCUGAAGGCACUGGAACCACUCCACACACCCAAAGCCUCUGGACUUCUGGUUCUCAGGAGUCUGCCUACCUGUCGCCCUGACCGCUUGUGGAUGGAGAAGGGGAGAGCAUCUAGGCGGGCAAACAGAAGGGAAGUGGAGUUAAACCUCUGGCAUGAAGUGUGGGAGUAGGGUAGGCUAGGGGGUUUCUUCUAUGACACUUGACCCUUCCAUGCUGGUUCCCAAGCCUAUUGGAGGAAUGUGGGUGUGGCCAAGGUGAUGGCAAGAAAGGUGCAAGAGAGUGAGCAGUCUGCCUGUGAGCACAGAUGCCGGGGUGUGUGUGUGUGUGUGUGUGUGAUUUUCACUGUGGGGUGUGUCUGUGAGAGCUAGCUGCCUUACCCCUCCUUGGCACAUAGUAGGCCUUCCAUAAACGUUGGAUGGAUGGAUAAAUAGAUUGGGACCAUCAGACCAUGGGACCAUCAGACCACAGCCACUGUAGGAGUGAUGACAGCUUAGCAUCCCCACUCAGUAUAUCUGACCAUACGACUAAGUGCCCAAAAUGUGGUUGUAGAUGUUGCUCUACAUUCAAACCUUCCAGGCUACAUUCUUCCAUCAGCAUGAGUCCUGGAGAGCUGGGGGAAGGUAGGAAGAGGAGCCUUGCCUUGAGUUCCUAAAUCCUGGCCCACCGCAGACACAGGCUCCGAUUCUCUUACCCAGAGAUGCCCAUGAGCUGACAUUAUACUCAUCCCUCUGCCUCCAAGAAGGCCUGUAUUAUAGGUAGCCUGGGGGUUGGAGAUGAUCCCUCAAAUACACAAAGGUCCCCUGGCCCUUCAUCUGGGAAUCAUAUACUCCAGUCUACUCCCAGAAUCUACAGACCUGGCUCCUCGGAUCUGAAGCCCAGCACAAAAUAACCCCCAGUCCAAGGAGCUUGUGGAACUUCAACUGGGAACUUUGGAGUCUUCUCUCCCAUCCCAGAACAUUGAGGAUAUACUUGGUGAAUGGACUCUUCCAGUAUGGAGAUCCUCCAUCCUAAAACUACCUGCCUCCUUCCCAGCCAUCCCUCAGGCAUUCCAGACAGUUGGAUCUCAGAGCACAGCUAUCCACAGGGACUGGGAUGUUCAUUCAGCACUCCAUUACUCAGUACCUCCAUACCCAGCCCUAUGCUCAGACCCACAGGUGGGGAAACUGAGGCAGGAGCAGGGUUCUGCCCUCCCAGAGCCUCCACUCUGGGAGGCCAGAAUGGAAAGCCAGAAGGGACCUGAGAAUCAUCCAGUCUCACUGUCUCAAUGUACCUACGAGGAAAUUGAAGCCAGGAGAAGAAGAGGGAGAAACUGUCCAAGGCCUCACAGGGAGGCGUUCACAGAGCUGGAGAAACCAGGGAUCCUGACCCAUCUAUCGCUACACAGAGAUACACAUGGAAAGAGGGUGUAACAGACCUUCUCUAGGACAUAACUGUUUCUGCUUUGAGCAAUAAUUUCUAACCUGAUGCCAACAUGCCCCACUGCCCUGGGGUUGGCUGGGGUUGUUUCCUGAGCCAAGCAUCCAAUAUCAUGCCCCACCAAAUGGCCUAGAAGCUGCCUGCACUUUGGGGAAACAGAUGGAGCUCUUGGGGCCAGCCAGCUGGGCCUGGGACUUCUGCCUCUGCCGCCUCCAGAGUGGCCCGGCAGCUUUGCCGGAGCUGUGGAGCGAGGGUAGUAGAAGAUUUCCCCAGAGUGCUGCGACUUGCAUGAUGGGUUCUAGGCUGUGGCAAGGGCUGAUUUCUGGGAUGGGGGGAGGGUGGGAAAAUGUAUUUUUAUGAAACAGAGGGAAGACUUUAUUGUUGUUAUUUUUGGUAAAAUAAAAGGCACACUAAAGCA